AUGAACUCUCCAGAAUCUAUGUUGGCAGAUGAUCGUUUCAUUCCCGCAACUACAUCGCCACAGGCAUAUAAAUCAUUUCUGCCUUUGUUUGAACCGGUGAAUAACAUAGAAAACUCGAGUUUGAGAAGAGCCGACUUAUCAACUAGAGAUGAUGCAUUUUACAGUCGAUCUCUUGAGCAACAGGAUCCCGAAUCUUCAAUCACUUCUAACAACUCGUAUAGCUCCAGCGGUACAGCUUUAAGCAGUCCCGAAUUUAGUUCAAUAUUUCUCAGCAUACGAGAUUUACACCAAGAAGUUGUUGCGGAAACAUUAGGCUUUACCCAAGAUACUAAAGUGUUCCAAUUCAAGAAAAGUUAUACUCAUAGACCUGAUAAUCAGUUACAUAUUGAAGAAAGAUUGGGGCUCAGACCCAACAUUUGCCAAGACCAGGACCGAAUUUCAAAUAUAAUUUUAAAGUCGAAAAUGACAAAAAAAGAGAAAGAUACUCAACUCAAGACUAUCUUGGCAAAUGACAUUUUGCAAGCACCGGGGUUGCGCAAUGACUACUAUUCCAACUUGGUAAGUUGGUCUAGUUGUACUAACCGCAUUAUAGUUGGACUCGGAAGUAGGGUAUACAUUUGGGGUGGCGAUGAUUAUAUCAAACUUGUUGACUAUGAUAAUGAUGAGCUAAUAACAGCCAUAAGCUGUAGUCCCAGUGGAGUUUUGGUGUUGGUUGCAUUUGCGAAUGGCAAAUUGGCGGUGAUUGAUCAGAAUGAGGACACCAAUGAAGUACUCUGUGAAUACCACAUGAACAAUGGUCACUGUAUAUUCUGUUUGACAUGGUUCAAUGAUGAGCAACUCUUUCUUGCUGGAGAUGAUUCUGGUAAAGUAUAUACUUUUGAAAUAAUUGUUGAUCCAUUUGGUAAUAUGGAAAUAGACGAGUUCAACAAUUUUCAAUGUCACCAGCAGCAAAUUUGUGGUAUUGUUUUGAAUUCCAAGAAUAAUGAAUUAGCUGUGGGUGCAAAUGAUAAUUGUUGCACAGUUUGGGAUGUGCUGUGCUUGAAAGCGCCUGUUUUGAAAUUUGUGCUUCCCCACAAUGCGGCAAUAAAGGCUUUGGCAUACUGCCCUUGGGCAACGUCGCUCUUGGCCACCGGCGGUGGUAGCAAAGACCGCAAGAUUAGGUUUUGGCAUACUUUGAGUGGCACUUUGUUGAAUGAAUUUUACACCGAUGGACAAAUUACCUCUUUGAUCUGGUCUAGGUACAAGAAGGAAAUAGUUGCGACAUUUGGAUUUGGCGGCUCUACAAAAUCAAACCUCAUGCGUGUUUAUUCAUACCCAGCAAUGAAACCAAUAGUGGAAGUCAAUGCCACAUGCAACCUAAGAAUUUUGAGUGCAGCAACCAGUCCAGAUUUCUGCUCCAUAUGCGUAGCAGCAAAUGACUCUACUAUAAGAAUAUAUGAAUUGUGGAAAGUGUCUUCAGAAAUUGCUUCAAACCCUAGUUGCAGAGCUCCGGGUGCAUAUGGGAGCGAGAUCAUAGAGUUAGUAGAAGGUGUAGAUAAAUUGGGCCCAGUAAUUAGAUGA